ACUUGUAAAUACUGCACAAAACAUGAAGAAGAACAAUGAGAAAAAUCACCUCUAUUGCUUCUUCAAUGGCUUAGGACUCCAUAGGCAUCUCACCGGAGCUCGGAACUGGCCGCGGUCAUCCAAGAAGAAAGCUGCAGCCACCACUUCUGCCAUCUUCUUGUUCUCUCUCUUUUUCCUUGUCUUGGUUUCUGCAGGCUGGAUUGAUGCUUCUUUUUUCUUGGCUAUUUCCUCUAAUAAAUCACUCUUAGCACUAGUACCAGUAAAACCCGAAUUCCCCCUGACUUGCACCAAAGGAAACGCAACAACAUGUCCAAGAAACUACCCGACUUCAUUGUACAACCAUACAUUAAAUCCUAGCAGUCCAAUAACAUCAAAGAAUGUCACAUGCCCGUCAUACUUCCGGUGGAUCCAUGAAGAUCUUAGGCCUUGGAAAGAGACUGGAAUAACCAAAGACAUGGUGGAGAGGGCACGCCGAUCGGCCCAUUUCCGGCUUGUGAUCGUCGAUGGGAAGGCCUACGUUGAGAAAUAUAGGCAGUCACUACAAACUAGGGACAUGUUUAGCAUAUGGGGAAUUUUGCAGCUCAUGAGGUAUUACCCUGGUAGAUUACCUGAUUUGGACCUCAUGUUUGACUGCGACGAUCGACCGGUGGUUAGAGCGAAGGAUUUUCGGGGACCCAACGCCCGUCCCCUACCGGUCUUUCGGUAUUGUUCCGAUCAAUGGAGCUUGGACAUUGUGUUUCCGGAUUGGUCUUUCUGGGGCUGGGCUGAGUGCAAUAUAAAACCAUGGGAAGAUGUGUUGGCGGACAUAAGAGAAGGAAAUAAAAGAACAAAGUGGAAGGACAGGGUACCCUACGCUUAUUGGAGAGGUAACCCAAAUGUGGCUCCAACUAGAAGGGACCUUCUCAAAUGCAAUGUUUCCCCAAAAAAUGAUUGGAACACACGCCUCUAUAUUCAGAGUUGGGAAGAAGAGAAGAAACAAGGGUACAAGGAAUCGAAUUUACAGGAUCAGUGCACCCACAGGUAUAAAAUCUAUACAGAAGGAUGGGCAUGGUCUGUUAGUGAAAAGUACAUCCUAGCAUGUGACUCUAUGACCUUGUACAUUAGGUCUCGCUACCAUGAUUUCUACAUCAGAGGAAUGGAACCAUUGCAACACUACUGGCCAAUCAGGGAGAACAGCAAGUGCACCUCUCUCAAGUUUGCUGUGGACUGGGGCAACAAUCACACAGACAAGGCACAGGCAAUUGGGAAGGCAUCAAGCAAGUUCAUACAAGAGGAUAUGAAGAUGGACUAUGUGUACGACUACAUGUUUCAUAUCUUGAAUGAAUAUGCAAAGCUCUUAAAAUACAAACCAACCGUGCCUGCCGGAGCAGUGGAGUUAUGCGCGGAAACCAUGGCGUGCCCGGCGAACGGGACUUGGAGGAGUUUCAUGGAGAAGUCAUUGGUGAAGUCUCCUAGUGAAACUAUUCCCUGCAAUUUGCCUCCAUAUGAUCCUCAGGCAGUUUCUCAAUUGGUUGAGAGAAAGGCUAGUUCGACUAGGCAAGUUGAAACGUGGGAAAAUGACUACCGGCAGAAUCUAAAUAAGAAGCCAUAGAAAUUAAACUACUCCUUUUGAAGAUCGAUUCUGCUUUUAGAGUUUUUCAAUCAUGUGUAACUUGAGUGGUCUCUCUCGUAAUUUUUUGACAUGCCUUCUAAAUUCUCUUUGAUGUCAAUCUACUUUUUUAUCCACAACGCCACA